GACUGUUGGCGGGAUUGGCACUCGAUCGAACAUGGACAGUUUGCUUCACACGAAAGAGUAGCGGAGACCAUAAACAUCCUUCCUCAACUGACCUCUCACGCCGAGCUAAGCUAACCCUUUGGCGUUCGGAAUCAUAUUUUUCCGAAGAAAAACGGAAUACUGGUGAAUGCCAGGGUUCUCAUGGCGCUCCUCACGCCGCCCAGAAUGUCCAUUUGACCGAAAGUGUAAUGAGAGCGAACCACAGAAUCAUCGGAGGAAGUAUUUGAUGCGGCGGAAAUGCGAUUUUUGCAACUGCAGUGCUAAUGGGCCCUGGUUAAGGUCUCCUUCAUCUCGCGGAGCAUUGGAAAAUAAUGGACUUCCUUUGUACGUAGUUGUUAUUGUUCAACAAACUCAGGGGUCUUUCCAAGCUCACUCUGAACCACGCAACCUCGCGACCCUGACGAGAACAUGGAACGACGUCGGUUUUGAGCAUUCAAUGCCGGCCACUGAUAUCUGCACGUCUUCGAGAAUUCAAGGCCGAUCGUCCUUGACCCUAACCCUAACCGUUCUGGGCAUUUCUAUGAAGUUCAGCUUCCGAUUCUCCCACAAAGGGGUGUGGGAGUGGCAGGCAUUGGGAACGAGGUGAGGUAGGUUUCAAGUUCAAGGACAUAGCGAUCAGUGAGAGGCUCC